AGAAAGCCAUGACAUGAUGACCAUAAAUUAAUAAUUUAAUAUUUUCCUGUAUUAAAUAUUUAAAGAAUAAUUCUGCAACUAUCGAUUUAAGGUUGGUGGUGUUGGAGGAUCUGUGUGUGGAAUCUGGGCAGGUGUUAAUCUGGAUUUUGAGCCGAGGGGUCGAAUUGAAUUGAUUGGAUUUUGAAGAGAAAGAAAAGCGCGGAGAUGGCUGAAGCUGUAGAAGAAUGGUACAAACAGAUGCCGAUCAUCACUCGUUCCUAUCUCACUGCUGCCGUUGUUACAACCAUUGGUUGUUCUCUUGAAAUCAUUUCUCCGUACAAUCUGUACUUGAACCCGAGACUUGUUGUAAAACACUAUCAGUUCUGGCGCCUGGUUACUAAUUUCUUGUACUUCCGCAAGAUGGACUUGGACUUCCUGUUCCACAUGUUCUUUCUUGCUCGAUACUGCAAACUUCUUGAAGAGAACUCUUUCAGGGGAAGGACUGCAGAUUUUUUUUACAUGCUCUUAUUUGGUGCCACUGUCUUGACCGGAAUUGUCCUUAUUGGGGGAAUGAUACCUUAUGUGUCAGAGUCUUUUGCAAAGAUCAUAUUUCUUAGCAAUUCAUUGACAUUCAUGAUGGUUUAUGUAUGGAGCAAACAAAAUCCGUUUAUCCACAUGAGUUUCUUGGGUCUCUUUACUUUCACAGCAGCUUACCUCCCAUGGGUUCUUCUGGGAUUCUCUGUCCUUGUUGGUGCCAGUGCCUGGGUUGACUUACUGGGCAUGAUAGCUGGCCAUGCUUACUACUUUCUUGAAGACGUGUAUCCAAAGAUGACCGGUCGUCGGCCCCUCAAAACUCCCUUCUUCAUCAGAUCACUUUUUGCAGAUGAUCCAGUAGUAGUUGCAAGGCCUGCUAAUGUGAGAUUUGCUGCCCCACCAGUAGAGGAAGCUCAUUAAAGGUGAUUAGGUUGUGUAUACUCUUAAAGAAUCUGUUGUUGAGUGAAAAAUCACAGUACACAGAUAGUUCUAAGCGGGUUUGAUGCAGAACUUCGCCCUGUGAAUUCUAAUGUUAAGUUAGCAGCCAAUGAGAUUUGUGAUGCUUUCUGUAACUAAAAUGUGGAGGGAUUUUUUUUUUUUUUUUUUUUUGGGUUGGUAUAUAGAAAUAUGACUGUAUAUCGAACUUCUAGGUUGAAUAAAUUUUGGUUCCGUUCUUUUCCCCGUAAA